UUAUUUUUAGUGGUUAUCAAAUAUUUAAUCACUCCUAUAAUAAUUUAGUGUUUAAAUGUAUAUUUAACAUAUCUUUUCUUUGAAAUAUAAUUAGAAUUUUUUUAUUGUUAUUUUUCAAGAAGGCAGUAGUAAAUUUAUGUCCUAGUGAAUAGCUUAUCAACUUAUUUUAGCUUAGGGAACUUGCUAGAACAUUAUACAUAUACAGAAACUUGUAUUUAAGGAAACUUGUGCAUUCUAUAUGAGGAAUAAUUUGAGAAAUAAUUUUUUUAUUGCUAUGACUGCAACCUGGAACUAUGUACAGUAUAAUUAAAUAAGGUAAAAUCCUAGGAGAGCUCACAUCCUUGGCAACAAACUGGGAAAAUGCGCACUCCUUCGUGCAUUUCUCAGAAUCACCAACUUGAAAAUAACAAGUCAAAGAAUUGUGCACACUUAGUAUCCAUGUACAAACUCAAUAUCCAUAUACGCAUUGACUUAAAUAAUGUUGAGACUUUGAGUGCAUGCCUGUUGCCAUCACAUAUCUUACUAGUCACGUCCAUGUACACUGAUUAUUCAGUCUUGGUUUGUUCUCACUAUAUGGCUUUUCCCACAUGUAAUAUUCUACUAUUCUUGCAUGAAGUUGCCAAAGGCUGUUAAAAAUCGCAGAAAUAUGUCUACUAGUCAGUGGUCAAAUCUUAAAGAAUUACGCAUACCUGUUGCAUAUGGUCAUAUUGCAGCAAAAGUAUGGGGAGAAAAGCAGUCUCAUCCUGUUUUAGCCUUGCAUGGAUGGCAGGAUAAUGCUGGCACAUUUGAUACACUAAUUCCUCUUCUAACAUCAAAAUUGUAUAUUGUUGCAUUUGAUGCUCCAGGACACGGUCUAUCAUCACAUAAGCCUUAUGGAACAUUUUAUCAUUAUAUGGAAAUGCUAAUUGACAUUAAACGUGUGGUAGAUUAUUUAAAAUGGGAAAAAUUCAGUAUUGUUGGACAUAGUAUGGGUGGCACAUUGGCUUUAAUGUAUGCAAGUAUUUUUCCAGAAAAUGUUUGUAAUAUAGUUCUACUUGAUAUAAUCAAACCUGCAUCUCGUUCACCUGAAAGACUUCCUGAAGUUACACGUAGAGGAAUUGAGAGUUUGUUAAAGUAUGAAGCAAAAAUCCCUAAUCCAACACCUGUGUAUAGCUUUGAAGAAGCACAGGAGCGAUUGCUUGCUGGAAUGUAUGAAGAAAUCACAUUAGAAUCUGCUAAUAUUCUUUUGAAAAGGGGUUGUCGACCAUCUGAUUGUGGCAAAGGAGUUGUCUUUUCAAGAGACAUAAGAGUCAAAGCAACUGAAGAAUUGCAGAAACUUAGUCAUGAAGAUUUAAAAGCUUUUAUGUGUAGGCUAAAAUGUAAUUUAUUGAUCAUAUUAGGAAAAAAUUCAAAGAUUUUUUUGUCAAGAACACCUGAAGUUUUAGAAGAAUUUUUAAAUAUAUAUAGACAUAAUUGUAAAAAUUUUGAUUUAGUGAAAGUUGAAGGCAAUCAUUUUGUUCAUUUAAAUCAUCCUGAUCGUGUAGCUCCAUAUAUUGAUAAAUUCUUUAAGAUGCAUAUCUCUGAAAUUUCUAAGCUAUGAUUUUAUUUUUGCAUUUUCAUAGGGCAUAGUUAAUUUUAAUAAUAUUCAAUUAUAAAUUUAUGUAAUAUUUAAGUGUUUGUUUUAAUAUAUUCUAUGGCAUUUUUGAGAUCAAGAAAUUUGAGUGUGAAAGUGUGAUUUCAAAGGGGGCAUAAAGUAUUAAAAAUUGCAUUAAGUAUUGAUGAUAAAAAUAUAAGACAUUUUCCCACAACAGAAAUUUAGGUCUUUUCUUUAAAGAUUUUUAACAUUCCUAUGAAACUUCAUGUAAGUGAAAAGGGUCUGAAAUAAAAGAAGCAGUGAGCACUAAUUUAUAUGGGAGGAAAUUUUUAAAUAUUUCCCAGUAGGGGAGAAAACUUUCAAACUGUAUUACUAAACAUAAAGCCAGAUAUACUAUUAGUAACAAAAAUUAUAUGAGAGAUGUACAAUCUAAAGCUGAAAAUAAAUAGAAAUAGUAUACAGUCAAAAGUCGUUAAUCCGGACUCAUCGGGACUUCGGCGAUUCCGGAUUAUAGAUCAUCAGUUUAAAUCUGGUAAAAUGGCAUGCAGAAAUU